CUUCCCUUCCCUUCCCUUCCCUUCCCCUCCCCGUUGUGCCGUAGGGGCUGCCAGGAGCUGCCGUGGCCCUCAGCCGGGACGGCUCAGGUGGCAUGAAACAUCCUGUUUGUAAGCAUAUGCAUAAGGAAUGCUCUUGUCACACCUUGAUAAGUUACUUUGGCCUAAACAUCGAUUGCCUCUUGUAAAAACCUAAAUGGCAGCUCAGAAAAGGAAGUCUACGUUAGUAGAACCUUCUGCUAAACGUCCAAAGCUGGACAAGAACAGCAAACCGUCUUUGUCAAAGAAGGAAAAAGAGGUGUCAGAUACAAAACAUGGCUCAAAUAAAUCAAAGCCCAAUCAGUGUGCAGUGCAGGAGAAAACUGUACUCAAAACCUCUGUCAAACCAAACAGUGAUAACAGCAAUGAACCUGAAGUAGGAACACGCAUGACUACAAGAUCGUCAGCACUCAGCUCAAAUAAUAAAACAAUACCUGGCAAAACAGUCCAACAGCAGCAGCCUAAAUCUGCAAAAAAUAAGGAGGUAUGCCAGAAAAAAUCUGUGCAAGAAACUCCUAAAUCAAAAUGCGUAAUUGCACCAAAUGAAGCAGUAAUGAGGAGAUCACAGAGACUGCAGCAGUUAACACAUGUGCAUGUUCCAGCAAGAUCCCUGCGCAGCAGAGAAGUUAAAGAAGAAAAAGUUUCUGAAGUUAAGCACAGUAGCCAGGCAAAAAAACAGGCUCGUGGUGUUGCAGCAAAAACACUGAAACCUGCUGGAGGGAAAACGGAACAGAAAAACACAAAGAUAAAGCCAAACUAUAAAAAUGAGGAUAAAGAUGUAGAUACUUCACGUGUAGAAGUGACCAGCUCUCUGAAAGAGAAAAAGUGUAAAGCAGACAAUAAAAAGGGUAAUUCCAGUAGCUGUCAACACAAUCUUCAAGGGUCCUCAUCAGGUCCUGAGGAGAAUCUUGAGGUAGUCAAGAAAGACCAGACGGGCCCCGUAUCUCCUAAUUCUAGCAACACAAAGAAAACGGAAACCGAUUCUCUUAAGCCAAAUUCUACAGCAUCUAAGGAAAAGCAGCAAACACACCAGAACAUAAAACCCAGUACAAAACCAAAAAAUAAUUCACAGCCAUCUGUAAGUGAGACAAAUGUGGCUGAUCAACCAGAGAGCGAUGCAAAAUUGAAAAGGGUGAGCAUCCUUGAACUUUGUGAAGAAAUUGCAGGUGAAAUUGAGUCAGAUACAGUAGAAGUGAAAAAAGAUUCCCCUAAUGCAGAGGAUAGCAAAGCAGAAGAAAAGCAUGAUGACACACAGUUACAGCAAAGUGAAAUGCUUACUCAGAAAGAACCCAGUCAAAGUACUCAAUGCAAACGGUUUUUCCCUAGCAAAAAAGCGAUGCCUGUCAAAUGCACUCUGAAUGGUAGAAAUAACUCCUCAAAUAAAAACUCCAAAUGGACCAAAAUUAAAUUGCUGAAAGCUAGUAAUGUGAAGCAAAGUAACUCAAAUUCUCCAAAUGUCCCUAAGCUUCCUUUUUUAAAAGAUUUCCCUGAAGUUUCAGAGGCAAGUCAAAUGGCGGCAGAAGCAGAGCUUUCAAAGGCACAAGGCAAGCUGUCAACAAGACUUUUUGAGAAUGAAAGUACAACUUGUGUGCAGGAGAAAUCAGAUCCAUCAUCUGAAAGAGCUGAAGCUAAAGAAGUGACAUUAGAAACAAAACAGCCCACAAGGAAAGGUGCAGAAAAUGGUCUGUUGCCUAACUUGACAAAACAUUUAUGUGAGCCAAGACUAGAUGAGAACUUUAGAUUACAUUUGGAAUCAAGUCCAGAAAGUUCUCCAGUAAAGUGUGUUACAGCUCCUAGACCACCAAAACAAUUUAAAAAAGAACCCAGAGAAAGUGAACCUCAAGGUAACUGUCUACUAUUGAUUUCUCCACUUGGUUUGAUCAGUUCUGUGGGAAGGAUAAGUCUCCCUUUAAGAGGAAUGUUUCAGCUGGUAUAGACUUUAAACUUUGGGAGUUGGAAUU